AUGACCAAGCUAAGCCUUUUGUUGGCGCCAAUCCUCGCCGUGCUUCCGCUUGUUUCGGCCUUCCCAGCCCAACUGCCUGCACGGAGCUCAGCACCUGCACUGCCGACGGACGACCCUUUCUAUAUCCCCCCUGAAGGCUUUGAGUCCUCAGCACCGGGGACAAUCCUCCGCCAUAGAACCCCUCCAAACCCAAUUGCAGCGCUCGGCUUCGCCAAGGUCAACAUCCAAGCAGCACAUCAGAUUCUUUACCGAACAAGCGACUCUUCUGGCAAUGCCAUUGCAACAGUCUCGACCAUCCUGAUUCCUCAUAACGCCGACUACUCCAAGCUGCUCUCUUACCAGGUUGCUGAAGAUGCGGCCGAUCCAAACUGUGCCCCCUCCUACGCUCUACAGCUCGAAGCAGCCCACGAUGGUAUUCUGGGCUUGGUGAUUCCACAGGUGGAAUUGUUGUUCUUCGGCGCCGCCCUCGAUAAAGGCUGGGUGGUGACCGUCCCAGACCAUCUAGGACCCAAGGCCGCUUUCCUGGCCAACAAUCUCUCGGGUCAAGCCGUCUUGGACAAUCUGCGUGCUGCCUUGGCAUCCUCGAGCUUUACAAACAUUACUUCGGAUCCUACCAUUGCGCUAUGGGGCUACUCCGGUGGCAGCCUGGCCAGUGGAUUCGCCGCCGAACUUCAUCCCACCUAUGCCCCCGAGCUGAAUAUCGUGGGAGCCGCACUGGGCGGUACCGUGCCCAAGAUACGACCAGUCAUUGACGCGGUAAAUAAGGGACCGUUCGUGGGACUCGUCCCGUCCGGUAUCCAGGGCCUGGCGAAUGAGUACCCCGACAUCCAGAAACUUAUUGACGACGGCCUUAAACCGGCAAAGAGGGCUGAGUUUAACAAAACCCAGAACUUGUGUCUUUCGGGAGACAUAAUUGAGUACUUCGGUAAGGAUAUUUACGAAUACACUAACGACCGGAACAUCUUCGAUCAGCCUGCGGCCGUGAAAGUCAUGCAGGCCAACGCGAUGGGACAGCACGUCCCCAAGAUUCCUCUUCUCGUUUACAAGUCGGUCGGAGAUGAGAUAAGUCCCGUCAAUGACACCGACUCUCUGGUCGAAACCUAUUGCCAGGGUGGAGCCAGCGUCGAGUACAAGCGUGAUGAACUCUCGGAACAUGCAUCCCUUGAGAUUACAGGGUCUGCUGAUGGCAUGCUCUGGCUUAUGGAUCGUAUGAACAACAAGCCUGUCCAACAAGGAUGCACGACCUCUACUGUGAUUACAGGUCUUGCUGACCCGAGAGCUCUUCUAGCUUUGGGCCAGGAGAUAGUUACGCUCCUCAAGGCCAUCUUAUCGGGGCCGAUCGGGCCUGGUGUGGUCGGCUAA